GAGCGAGGGAGGGGAGGAGAGCGAAGGAGCGAGCCAGAGGGAGUGAUACAGAGAGAGAGAGAGAGAGAGAGAGCAAAAGGGAGGGGAGUUUAAACUAAGUGCUAUGUUUUGGGACAGGCUAAUCUGCUAGCGAGCAGUGUGAGGAUCGGAGCGUAUUGUGUGAGCCAGUGUGCGGGGGACAGAUAAGGGAGCCAGCCAGCCCGCCAGCCCGACCCACCGACCCACCGACUGCCUGACUGCCUGUUUUAAUGUGCUGACUCUGGGGAGAUUUUAAAAAAAAAAAAAAAACAGCAGCGUAUUGACUCCUUAGACGUGUGCGGAGACCCUGGGCACAAACACCACCACUACAGCCACAGCCGAGCAGAGGUGCAUCAACAGACAGGGGGGAAGAAAGAAAAAAAAAAAGACAGAGCGCUGCAAAUUCACAACUCCAAAAAUCUGAAAAUUAAAGAGGAUUUUUUUAUCCCCCUCUUUUUCCCAAUUGAUUUCAUUUUUUCUUUCUUUUUUCUUUUUUGUGUUUUUCGGGACUGACUCCCAGCUGUACAGAAGAAGAAAAAGCGGAGCAAAGAACUGAAGAGAAUCUGAAAUAUAUAUAAAAGAAGGACUGAACGAAAAAAAAAAAAAGCACCGAACCUGAACAUGUUCGAAAUAAGCCGAACACUCAACGCCGCUUUGUUGAGCAAUGAGCAUCUCAAGAUGAUGGCGAGGUACGGGCAGCUCUCGGGACUAGCAGCCAGUGGCGUGGGCUCCGUCCCCGAGACGCACUCGCCGCUAUUUCCCAGGGAUCUCCUGUCAUCGCCAGCCCAGAUGGGCUACAGGUCACCCCUGGGGUCGACAGAGACACAGUGGCGUCAGGCAGAGCUCCCACAGCUCCAGGGCUGGGCAGAGAAGGGAUUGCUGACACAGCCAAAGAUGAUCAUCAGUAACAUGGAGGCUCCAGUGACAAACGGCCCCAGCGGAGGAGGCACCACAGCCAACGGGCCGACCACCAACAGCCGCGGCUGCCCCUCGCCCAUGCAGACUGGCCCAACAAAUGACGACAGCAAGACCAACCUCAUUGUCAACUACCUGCCCCAAAACAUGACCCAGGAGGAGUUCCGCAGCCUGUUUGGUAGCAUCGGCGAGAUUGAGUCCUGCAAGCUGGUUCGCGACAAGAUCACAGGACAGAGUCUGGGCUACGGCUUUGUCAACUACAUUGAUCCAAAGGACGCAGAGAAAGCCAUCAACACGUUAAAUGGACUCAGACUUCAGACCAAAACGAUCAAGGUGUCAUAUGCACGACCCAGCUCAGCCUCCAUCCGUGACGCCAACCUGUAUGUUAGCGGCCUGCCCAAGACUAUGACUCAGAAGGAGCUGGAGCAGCUCUUCUCCCAGUACGGACGCAUCAUCACCUCCCGCAUCCUCGUCGACCAGGUCACAGGCCCCGCAGGUGGCUCCCGAGGUGUGGGCUUCAUCCGCUUUGAUAAGAGGAUAGAGGCUGAGGAGGCCAUCAAGGGCCUGAAUGGACAGAAGCCAUCAGGUGCCGCCGAGCCAAUCACGGUCAAGUUCGCCAACAACCCCAGCCAGAAGACCAGCCAAGCCCUUCUGUCACAACUCUACCAGUCCCCCAAUCGCCGAUACCCGGGCCCCCUCCACCACCAGGCUCAGAGGUUCAGGCUGGACAAUUUGCUUAAUAUGGCCUAUGGCGUAAAGAGGUUCUCCCCCAUCACCAUUGACAGCAUGACCAGCCUGGUCGGCAUGAACAUCCCCGGGCACACGGGCACCGGGUGGUGCAUCUUCGUGUACAACCUGUCCCCAGAUUCGGAUGAGAGCGUGCUCUGGCAGCUGUUUGGGCCCUUCGGUGCGGUCAACAAUGUCAAGGUGAUCCGUGACUUCAACACCAACAAGUGCAAAGGCUUCGGCUUCGUCACCAUGACGAAUUACGACGAGGCGGCCAUGGCCAUCGCCAGUCUCAACGGCUACAGGUUGGGCGACCGCGUCUUGCAAGUCUCCUUCAAGACUAACAAGACACACAAGUCCUGAACUUUGACAGGUAGAAGCAGUUGCCCCGCGACUUUGUCUGCUCCCAAAUUGCCCCCAACCUUUCCCCCCACCUCCACCCGUCCCUUAGCCCCUUCAGUCACUACCACUACCACCCUACUACAGCCAUCCGACACAGCAAACUCCAACCGGAACACAAAGCAACCGACAAACCAUCAAACAAAUUGAACUAGAAAUGGCUUAUAUUAUAACUUUGGACCUAUAAGCCAAUGUUGCCUAAGUAUUACAAAAAUGAAAUGAUGAAAAUGUUCAUGAGUUUUGGAAGCUCCUGUGAUAAUGCAGGCUUCUCUUUGUUGUAUAUUCUUUCUGUUUGUUGUGGUUGUUAAAAUGAUUUUUCUCUUCUGUGUAAACAGUAGCAAAUCCCUGUAUCCCCUUAUUUCAGAGAAGAGAAUGUCCUUUUUAGAUUGAAACCUUUUCUCUGUCUUGAUUCAGGAUUUGUUUUUCUUUUGUAAAUCCGGAUCCACUGUCGUUAGUAUUAUAUAUACCUCCCUGUCGGUGAAAGGGAGGGGGCUCUUUUUUAAAUUGGUGAACCAUUCAUUCAUUUUUAGUGUGUAUCAAAAACUUCCCCUUAUCGAUUAUAGAUGGGAUUCCACAGUCCCAGUAACUCUGAUGUAGACAAAAAAAAAAAAAGAAUUUCUAACAUUGUUUUUGUUUUGUAUCGCAAACAAAACAUAAUGUCUUUCCUCACAGGGGUUCAGGGAGAUGGGGCGAGGGAGGGGAUGGGUUAGCUUUCCUGAUGACACGUUCAGUAAUUUAAGAAAAAAAAAAAAUAACACUGUUGCCAAAGAGAAGAUCUCUUUGCUUGAAAAAAAUGCGUUUAGAAAAAGAUAAAAAUAAAGAGAAAGAAGAUCUAUUUUUAUAAAUGAUAAUUAAAAUAAUAAUUAUUGAAGAAUUUUUACAAGAAUCUGGAUUUGAAAAAAGAGAAAAAUAUUUUGACUGGCUAACUAGGGG